AUGGCUCAACCAGAGGUGUCAGUUUCCGGCGUGUCUGUAUCGGCGAGAAUUCCUGAAUUUUGGACGGAUUUGCCGCGACACUGGUUCAUACAGGCGGAGGCAGUGCUACACCCGCAGAAGAUGUCUGACGAGGCGAAAUUUCAGUUUGUCAUAUCGAAAUUAGGAAAAGACGUUAUACAACAAGUGACAGACAUAUUAGUCAAACAGCCGGAAAAUGGUAAAUAUGAUACAUUAAAAACAAGAUUACUUGACAUUUAUGAGGAGUCAGAAAAUAGAAAGGUACAAAAAUUGAUAACUGAAAUGGAGCUUGGCGACCAGAAGCCAUCGCAGUUGCUGAGGAAAAUGCAAGAGCUGGCAAGUGGCAAAGUUACAGAUGAAACCCUUACCAUCCUUUGGCAAAACCAUUUGCCGGGAUGGGUGAGAGGAAUACUCACGGCAUCAGGUUUAAGCGAUAUUAACGCUUUGGCCAGAAUGGCAGACAAGGUGACAGAAAAUGCAAUGCCUAUACAGGGGGUGGCCGCAGUACGGAGUGCAAGGAGUGAUUCUCCAGAUGUCAUAGCGGAGAUCCACAAGCUAGGCGAACGACUAAGAAAAAUUGAAAAUUCCCAGCUUCCUAUUAAACCGAAAAGAAAUGGCUACACAUUAGAGAACUACAAAGGUCAACCAACGACGUUCCAUUCAAUGAUCAAACUCACAGUGAUUAUCGGGCAAGUUUUCGCCCUCAACCCAGUGCUGGGAGCUUGGGAGAGUGACAGUUCCAAACUAAGGUUUUCAUAUUUAUCCGGACGCUGCGCUUACACGAUUCUAGCUAUUUUGUGUCAAGUGAUUUUCUUAAAUGUAUUGUUUUUAAUAAGAUAUUUUAUGCUCUUUAAGGCUUCAAUGAAUUCGAACACCGCUGUAGUAUUCUUCGCCACCAACACCAUUAUAACGGUCCUAUUUCUGCGCAUAGCCACUAAAUGGCCACAACUGUGCCAAUAUAUUGCACAGAUCGAGGCAAUAGAUCCACUUUACGACAAAACUCUAGUGAGGAGAUGUAAUACAUCGUGCAUUUUGAUACUUCUAUUUGCUUUUUUGGAGCACAGUUUUGCACAAGUGACUGGUAUAGUUUUCAUAUCUGACUGCAGGCCUGAGAUACCUUUUUACAGAGGAAUCAUAAAUAACAGUUUUCCGUGGAUUGGUCUAGUUGUUCCCUACAGCCCAGCUCUUGGAAUUUUUACACAGUUCUUGAACUUUCAACUUACUUUCAAUUGGAAUUUUGCCGAUGUUUUUAUAAUAUGUGUAAGUUUCUACCUCACCUCCAGACUUGACCAAAUAAAUAGAAAAAUAGCAGCAAUUAAAGGAAAGUUGGUUCCAUCAUCAUUUUGGCGAACAGUUCGCGAAGACUACAACAGAGCCACCAGUUUGGUCAGACGUGUAGAUGAAGUGAUCGGUAGUAUUGUAUUCGUCUCUUUCGCUAACAACCUUUUCUUCAUUUGCUUACAACUCUUGCAUACACUCGCGGACGGAUUUAAAAAGACCCCAUCUUGUACUACACCAGACAAAAGAUGGUUUAAGGGCUACGAAUAUGCGAUAUACUAUGUAUAUUCCUUAACGUUCCUGAUUUUGAGGUCAUUGACCGUCUCUUUGGUUGCGUCCCGUAUCCACGCAGCCAGUCGGGAACCAGUCCAUACUCUGUACGAAGUACCAUCGCCAGAAUACUGUAUCGAGGUUAAACGGUUUAUACAACAGAUUCACGGAGAAACGGUAGCUCUGACCGGUCUUCAGUUCUUCAAAGUGAAGCGCGGAAUCGUUCUAGCAAUUGCAGGCACAAUAGUGACGUACGAGCUCGUGCUGAUGCAGUUCACUGGCGUCACCCCGACCGUAUCACCUAUCAGCGCAGACGGAUGAAUAUUUAGUUAUUUUAAAUAAAAAAAAUAUCAACAAA